AUGACAUAGAUGACUAUUUAAAGGAUGCACCAACUGCUGAAGCUCGCUUGCCUCUUAUCACAACUGUUAAGUUAGCAAUGCGAGUGCCUCCUUCAAAUGGCCAUAAAUAUGCAAUCGAAUUUGAAUCCACGCCUGCCAGUAGACUGGUUAUACGAACAUACGAAGAUGCCUUCAAGGACACCAUGCACAUUUUCCUAAGGAAGCGAAAACCAGUUCCUUACGUCAGAUUGGACACUGGGGAGAAGCUA